AGAACGAUUAUCAAAAAAGUUUUAGUUCAUUAAAUUUAAUUAGUUGUAGUACUAAUUUGCUGAUUAGUACACGGUAUUUAUGAAAAAAAAAAAUAGAAGUGCUAAAAUAAUAAUUUGAUUUGCAAAAAAGUGACAUCAGGGAAACUGUAAAACAUGAUUUAUUCAUUGAUUCUAUUACUAUGCGUUGCACUAAGUGGAAUUAACGCAAUCCCGAUAGAAUAUGCUGAUCCUACUGUCGAAAAAGAAGACACGACCUUAAAAGACUUUAAUCGAGAAAUGGAUGAGAACAUUGAAAUGCUCAAUGAAAUCCAAGAAAAGGUCAACUUAUUAUCCAGCAGAAUGCAAAAAUACAGACUCAUCCACGCAAACGUACAGGAAAACGAGAUCUCUACCGAUGACAUAAUUUCAUCAGAUUGCUCAGGCGGAUGUGACAAACCAGAUAACAGUAGUGUAACCAACAUCACAUUGACAAUAAAGUUUGGAGGUUUUGCCAGUUCAGAUGAUGAUACAAACAGUUACCCACUACUAGGAGCACCAUUGGAUGGAAACACAAACUUCAUCACCGAAGACGAUGAUUUGGUAACAGGUGAUCAGACUCUACACUACCCAGCAGAGAUGCCUCCAGAAGUAUAUAAUUCUAACCCCAAAAACGAUGUUGAAAUCUUUGAUCCUAAGGAUUCUGUAGACCAGUGGCCAGUAGAUUCAUUCCGCGACCGUGACACAAACCGACAUUGGAUAAUUGCAGCUUCUGAUAUUGAUCAUGAUUCAGGGUUAGUAGAUACUAAUAUAUUCACGAGCCGAGAUAUGGAUUAUCCGGAGAUCAGGAUUUAUCAAGAUUCAAUGGGAAAUAUUGAUGAAGAAGCAAUUCGCAUGCAUCAAGAAAGACACAGACAAAAUUUUGCUGAUUUGUUCCGUUCUAUAUUCGAGUAACUCAUGUUGUAACUUUGCUAAG